AUGGCGGUCUCGGCCCUCUUCAUCCUCGAUCUCAAGGGCCGCGUCAUAAUCUCUCGCGACUAUCGCGGGGAGGUGCCCAUGACGACGGCCGAGCGCUUCAUCACGAAGCUGAACGAGCUGGAGGAGUCCGGGCGGCUGAGCCCCGUGGUGAACGACGGCGGCGUGUCGUACGUGUGGGUGCAGCACGCGAACCUGUACCUGAUGUGCGUCACGAGGCGCAACCUCAAUGCCGCUUCCGUCGUGCUGUUCCUGCACCGCCUGGUGGAGGUCUUCACGGAGUACUUCGAGGAGCUGGAGGAGGAGUCGCUGAAGGACAAUUUCGUCAUCGUGUAUGAACUGCUGGACGAGGUCAUGGAUUAUGGGUACCCACAGUUCACAGAAGCCAAGAUAUUGUCGGAAUAUAUAAAGACAGAUGCUCACAAGAUCGAGGUGCAAGUAAAACCCCCGAUGGCAGUCACCAACGCCAUCUCAUGGCGUUCUGAAGGGGUCAAACACAAGAAGAACGAAGUCUUCUUGGACGUUGUGGAGAGUGUGAACCUGCUGGUGAACACGAAUGCGAUGGUGGUGCAGUCUGAGGUUGUUGGGGUGCUGAAGAUGCGCACAUUCCUGAGCGGGAUGCCUGAAUGUAAACUGGGCCUGAAUGACAAGGUCCUGUUUCAGAACCAGGGCCGUGGUUUGCACAAAGCAGUGGAUCUGGAGGACAUCAAGUUCCACCAAUGUGUCCGUCUGUCAAGAUUCGAAAACGACAGGACAAUCUCCUUCAUCCCUCCGGAUGGCAACUUUGAUCUUAUGUCGUACCGCCUGAGCCAGAACAUAAAGCCACUCAUUUGGGUUGAGGCCACUGUUGAACGCCACAGCCGGAGUCGAACCGAGUACUUGGUGAAGGCACGCUCGCAGUUCAAGGAACGGUCUGUCGCAACGAACGUCCAGAUUCUUCUUCCGCUACCACAGGAUGCGACAGCACCCAUAGUUCGAACAUCGCAAGGGACUGCAAACUACGCACCUGAAAAGGAGGCACUGGUGUGGAAGAUCAAGAGCUUUCCAGGGGGCAAGGAGUACCUUUUGAGGUGCAAAUUCAGUCUGCCAUCUGUACAAGCUGAGGAAGAUUCUGGUGGUAGGAUGCCCCCCAUCAGGGUGAACUUCGAGAUCCCUUACUACACCGUGUCAGGCAUCCAGGUGCGGUACCUCAAGGUUAUCGAGAAGAGCGGGUACCAGGCGUUGCCUUGGGUUCGGUACAUCACAGUUGCUGGCAACUACGAAAUCCGCAUGAUUUGA